UCAAUACCAAUUACAAAAGACCAAGUUGCAGAGUCAAUUGCGUUCAUGACAUAUUUAACCUUCCCGUUUCAAAUACAUAUGUAUCAGUGAAAGUAAAUCGCCCUAUUUCAUAUGGCCAUUUUGAGUUGGGGUUCGCUGGAUAUGGUGGGAACGUGUUGAUUUCAUAUAUAAGAGUGACCAGUUAUCAGGGGAGCAACAUUCAAACAAAACACAUCCGAUAAGAAAAAUGAAGACUCUUCAAGUGUGCGUUUUGGUACUAGCCGUGAUCGGUUCAAUCACAGCCAGCGAUAGCAAAAAGGAGAAGCGCGGCCUCAUUGGACUGGGAAACGGCAUCGGCUUGGGCGGAGGACUUGUUUCCGGAGGUCUCGUGACUGGAGGACUCGGUUUAGGAUCCGGCAUCGGUCUCGGAGGAAUUGGUCUUGGCAGUGGACUUGGAACAGGCGUGGCUAUUGCAGGAGGAGCCCAUACUGCCUCUCACACCAUCACUACCAUCAACAGAGCCAUCGCGGUGCCAGCUCCAGUACCAGUUCCCGUACCAGUCAACCGUCCAGUGCCUGUACCAGUACCGCAACCCAUCGCAGUUCCAGUAGACCGUCCAGUACCAAUUCCACAACCAAUUCCAGUACCAAUCACCAUCAAUCGUCCAGUACCAGUUGAAGUUCCCCGUCCGGUCCCAGUACCACAACCAAUCGCAGUACCAGUUCCACAACCUGUCGGUGUACCAAUUGGAGUGCCGCAACCAGUCGGUGUUCCCGUUCCAGCACCAGUGGCUGUUCCGGUUGCGACUCCGGUAGCCGCUGUCGGUGUUGUAGGUAAUGGAAUUGGCAUUGGUGGAAGCUUAGGAGGCGUUGGACUUGGUCUGAGAGGAGCUGGCAUAGGUCUGGGAGGAGCUGGAAUAGGUCUCGGAGGAGCCGGAAUAGGUCUUGGAGGAGCUGGGGUAGGACUUGGAGGAGCAGGUUUGGGUCUCGGCGGUGCCGGAAUCGGUCUUGGACGCGGCAUUGGAAUUGGAGGUGGAUUAGGACACGGUGCCAUUAUUGGACACGUUUGCUCCCUGGUAUUCGCUAUGAUUGGAUCAAUCACUGCAGAAGACGCCAAGAAAGAUAAACGUGGCCUCAUUGGUUUGGGAUCUGGAUAUGGUUUGGGCCACGGCGGUCUAAUCUCUGGAGGUUUAGUUGGGGGUGGUAUCGGCUUAGGACCUGGCAUUGGUAUCGGUGGAGGUCUCGGCGGAGUGGGAAUUGGUGCAGGACUUGGAGGAGGUGUAGCUCUUGGAGGUAUCAACACUGGAAGUCAUACAGUCACCACAGUAAACAGGGCAGUACCAAUCCCAGUGCCAGCUCCCUAUCCGGUUCCAGUGAAUCGCCCCGUUCCAGUACCGGUACCACAACCAGUGGCGGUCCCAGUGGAUCGUCCAGUGCCAGUACCCCAUCCAGUACCAGUACCAGUAGAAGUACUUCGCCCAGUUCCAGUGGAAGUACCUCGCCCCGUUCCUGUUCCUCAACCAUAUGGCGUGCCAGUACCGCAACCAGUUGCUGUACCCGUAGGUGUACCCCAACCAUACGCAGUACCAGUACCUGCUCCUGUACCGGUCCGUGUGGCAACACCAGUAGCUGUUGGUGUGGUCGGUAGCGGCGUCGGAUUGGGAGGUGGAAUAGGACUUGGAGGUGGCUUGGGAGGUGGCCUAGGAGGUGCUGGAAUUGGAAUUGGAUCUGGAAUUGGAUUAGGAGGUCUGGGCGGACUGGGAGGAUUGGGAGGACAUGGAAUCGGCCUAGGUAGGGGUAUCGUAAUUGGAGGAGGUUUAGGACAUGGGCAUGGUAUUAUUGGUCAUUAAAAAAAUAAACUUUAAACAACCUGUCU